ACAACCUAAGUUAAUAGGUGUAAUGAAAAAUAUAGGCCCUAGAUCACAGGGUCGAACUCGCCCGGUCAUACGAGAGCAUAAACACAAAAAGAAAACAGCCGAAGUUAAAAGGGUUAUAUCAGUUUCUCCGUUAAGGGUUUAGUAAGGGUUUUUGUCGUCAAAGCAGUCAUGACUGAACAAGCGAUGGCGAUAUCGAAUUCACGCAAGCGCAAUGCAGAGCAUAAACACAAAAAGAAAACAAAGAAAACGAAGAAAACGAAGAAAACAACUGCAGAACUAAGCAAAACAUUAAACCCUAAACAAGACCCGGAAGAAUUGUCUGAACAAGAAAAUAUCAACGAAAUCUCUGGGACGAAUAAUAAUUUGUUUGGAGAAGAGGAUGAAAGAGGAGAGGAGAAAGACCUGGGUUUUAGAAGCUCAAAUGGAGUCUCUAUAGCUAUUUCAGAAGAAAAUGAAGAGGAAGAGGAAGAUUAUGCAGGAAGCAGUGAAGAGGACGAAGAUGAGGACGGGAGCGAUAGAUACGGGGAGAAGAAGGGAAUUCGCUUUGCUGAGGGUUCGAAUGCUUUUCGUGCGGCGUUUGCCAAAAUUAUGGAGAAGAAAGUCGCAGACGAUACACUGGGGCCUGUUUUGUCUGCACAUAAGGAACUUAUUGCAAAGAAGCUUGAUGAAGAAGCUAAUGAAUUGAAGGCCAAGAGUGAUGCCAAGAAAGAGAAGCGCCUGAUCAGAGAGAAGGGGCAUGUGAAACCAGAAAACUUUUUGGAUGGAAAGGAAAAAUCCCUUAUUAGAUUGGCAACAAAAGGAGUGGUAAAGUUAUUUAAUGCGGUUAGCAAGGCACAGAGUGUCCAGAAUGCAUUUGAUGUGUCAAAAUCCAAGGAGGCAAAAGCUGCUACAAAGGAAAGCAAAGCAGCAUUCCUUUCUGAGUUACGUGGUGCUUCAAGUUCUGUAAGGCCUGGACAACUCAGUUCCGUGAAGACACCUUCAAAGCUAAUUGGGGAAGCAAAAAAUGAACAAAACAAUGCCACAAAAGAACCCAGAUGGGCUCCCUUGCGCGAUGAUUUUAUGCUCACAAGCUCAAAACUCAAGGACUGGGAUAAAAUGCCGGAUGCAGCUGCAGAUAUUGCAGAAGAAAUGCAAGGUGGUGAUAGUGAUAACUCUUCUGAUGAGGACUAAACUAGGCAUAAAUAAUAUGCAUAGCCAUCAAAGAAGCAACAUGCAGGAAUUCGCUUCCCGUUGUCAGUCCCUCUAUUAUUGGUUGCAGUGAUCGCCAGCGAAAUAAUAAUCUUUGAUCAUGUACAGCAUGGCCUGGAGGCAUCUCUGAACAAUUUCUAUGAUGCUUGCAAGGAACAACUACUCGGAGUAGCAGAAGUCUCAUUUUUUCGCAGCCUUCAUUUAGACUGCUGAAAGUAGAAUUUUCGAUCUCUAGUACAAAGUGAAUGAUGCCUAUUCAAGUAAUAGAGUUGAUACUAAUACAGAGAUCACUAAUAGAGGCAUUUGAUGUGCUGUAUUCAAAUAAAAAUGCUAACAUUGAUAUUAAUAGAUUCUUUUGGGAUCUUGAUUGUUUUCAGUAGCUGUAUGGAGUGGAUUCAAACUGAAUAUAAGCCACCAUGUUAUUUUAGAUUUUAAUAUUUUAUCAGCCUGAAUGAUUCAAUUCGGGUUGAAAUGUUUUCAUAUGAAUCAUUUUCUGAUUCAAACUAUUGUAUUUAUCACAUUAUUCUCCAUUGAAUGGAGAUCAUUGAUAUUUAUAGUUUUGCUUGGAUAUGACAUACAUUUUUUAGUGUAA